UUUCGGCACUGCUCAUCUCUUUUCCCGAAUACAGAAAAAUAGAAAGGACCAGCAGUUUAACUACUAAGAUAAUAGAAUGAUGUUAAUCGUGGUUCUAUUUCCUUCUUUCACAACCAGGGAUUCCCAGAUCUCAGCGAUGGCUGUUGAGAACUGCUCUGUGAUGACGGACUUCAUACUCCUAGGACUUACUGGAAGAAAAGAUGUGCAGCAGGGGCUCUUUGUGUUCUUUCUGCUGGUUUAUGCCAUAACCAUGAUUGCCAAUCUAGGGAUGAUCCUGCUGAUCAAACUGGACUCCAGGCUCCACACACCCAUGUAUUAUUUCCUGAGCAACCUGUCUUUCUGUGAUGUCUGCUACUCCUCCACUGUCUCUCCCAAGAUGCUGGCUGGCUUCUUAUCUGAGCAAAAGAAGAUUCCAUACAACUCGUGUGCAAUUCAGCUGUAUUUUUUUGGGGCCUUCGCAGAUGUGGAGUGUCUCAUGUUGGCUGUCAUGGCUUACGACCGGUAUGCAGCCAUCUGUAAUCCACUUCUGUAUACAAUGGCCAUGUCCAGGAGAAUCUGCAUCCAGCUCGUGGCCCUUGCCUACAUCGUGGGACUUGUGGAUUCGGCAAUCCACACCGGUUGCACGUUUCGAUUGGCAUUCUGCAAUUCUAACAUCAUCAAUCACUUUUUCUGUGACAUCCCACCCUUGCUGUCCCUCUCGUCUUCGGAUACAUCUAUCAACGAGAUAGUUAUGUUCACUUUCAUUGGUUGUGUGGUGGGGUGCAGCGUCAUCACCGUCCUCCUCUCCUACACCUACAUCAUAAUGACCAUCCUCAGAAUGAACUCAGCGGAAGGGAGACGCAAAGCCUUUUCUACAUGUGCCUCCCACUUGACCGCAGUGGCCAUAUUUCACGGCACACUCCUGUUCAUGUAUUUCCGACCCAGCUCCAGUUACUCUAUGGACACGGACAAAAUGGCCUCUGUGUUCUACACGGUUGUCAUCCCAAUGUUAAACCCACUGAUCUACAGCUUACGGAAUAAGGAUGUGAAAGGUGCCCUGAAAAAAAUAAUCAGUACUUGAAGUUGGAUUUUUCACCAAAAAGUAUUUAUUAAAAGAUUCUGACAGCUGAAGUUCAGA